AUGAGCUGAUCUAUUUCAUCAGAGAUGUGGGAGUACCAAGGGCAAGGCUGAACUUUCUAUAAGAUAUACCUUGGAAUCAUCUUGUUUCUAUCGGUUAUUACUAUGAGCAUGAUUGGAUGGUGGACAAUCAAGUUUAUCAGGAUCUUUGGAUGCAAAUAAAAAACUCCAAUUCCUGUUUCUUGUCACUGUCUUUGGGUCAACAAUUGCUCGUAAUGUGAGUUUUAGUUUGGAAUUUUACUGGAGAGUUGGCCAAUGAAGCAUUCCAAUAAGUUUAUGAAAUGAAGCUGCUGUAUAUUGGCUUUCUUCGACCUUAUUUUCAGCUGCUGUAAUUAUACACAUAUUCAGUUUUCUUUAUCAAUUAUUACGUUUGAAAAAGUUCAGGGAAGGAGAACGUCAAAAUCAAAAACUUCAUCAUGCUACAUUUGCUGGUUUUAUAAUGCUUAUAUUAUUUACUUACCUCGGAUUCGUUAUUACAGCAUGAGUAGCAUCUAGAGAAGAACGCUGGAUAUUCAGGAUAUUCAAGAUCCUUUAUUCCUCCACUUUCCUCUUAAUUGCAGUGACUUAUAUCCUAGUAGCCGUAUAUUUCUAUAAAAAAGUUAAAGGGAUGUUUCUAGAGAAGGCAAAGGACUUAAAGAAAAGGAUAAUGUUCAGUUCUGUCGUAAUUUCUUUUAGCUUCUUUCUCAGAGCAUGUCUAAACAUAGGAAUGUACUUACUUGAAUUCAAUUCCAGGUUUAACAGACAUUGGCUCACGAAUAAUAAAUUUUGGUUCCCACUGGUUCUAACAUUCUACUUUAUCCUUUCUGAGAUUUUACCGACCUUGUAUAUCUGAAUGAGCAUUAAAAAUAUUGAGAAGAAGAUUAAUGAACAGGGGCACGAGUCAGAAUGUUCAAAUAACAACCUUGGGUUCACUGGAAUAAGCUCUCUCAGAGAAAGUCUAGAUGAGUCACGAGCUCCACGCUCAACUCUAAUGUCAACAGAGCAAGUGAUUAAUAAUUAAUGUAUUAUUUUAAAUCUUGGAUAAUUCAAUAAGCUUG